UCUCGCGGCCGGCUCCCCAGCGCUUCACAGGCGAGCCUACGCCUGUGUGGACAGGUUCGGUUCUGGAGUCCUGAUUGGUUUGUGCCUUAUAAGACCCGCCUUCAUUAAAUUUUCAAUGGCUCAGAGGCCAGAGAUUCCAGGCUAUUUUUGAGCAAAGAGAGCGCCGAUUGGCUGGAAGGAGAACCAUUACGCUCUCUGAACGUUUCCAUUGGCCUGAAGACUCGCGUCAAUCAGGACUGGGUGCAAGGACUUGCUGUCAAUGGAGGAGCAGGAUGCUAGGGUGCCAGCCCUGGAACCAUUCAGAGUGGACCAGAGUUCAGUCCCACUUUCAAGCCUACCCUGGAAUGAGCAUGUGUUCCUUGACUUCAGACCUUGUCCCAUCUGAGGACAUCUUUAGCCCUUCCACAGAAAGAAAGGUUGCUCAGUGAUGGUAGGGUCCCUGUGUGGGUCAAAGACCCACAUCUUCAGAGGUGUCUCUCCAUUGCAGGCACCACCUGUAAUCUACUACGUCCCUGACUUCAUCUCCAAAGAAGAGGAGGAAUAUUUGCUUCGACAGGUUUUCAAUGCCCCAAAGCCAAAGUGGACCCAGCUGUCUGGGAGGAAGUUACAGAACUGGGGUGGUCUCCCCCAUCCUCGUGGGAUGGUCCUUGAGCGGCUGCCCCCAUGGCUCCAGCGCUGCGUGGACAAGACCUCUCAACUAUCAGGGGACUGGGCAUCAUGCAUAUCCACCUCCCACUCAUGGAGCGGCCACUUAACCCCACCCAGCAUUCAUCUCCCUGUCCCAGCUUGGGAGCCCUGCUUUGACCCAGAGGGUGGGGAGGUACACUCCUGCCCUGCCCAGCCCUGGUGCCCACUCUCCAGCCCCACGAGGAUGGACCACUGUACUACCCAACUGUCAGCACUAUCAGCCUGGGCUCCCACACCAUGCUGGAUCUCUACAAGCCACGGCAACCAGAGGACGAUGAUGCUACAGAACAGUCCCCCAGCUAUGUCCCUGUCCUCAUCUCUGGACCCUCGACUCCCCUCAGAGCCCUUCAGUCAUCCCCCAGGAGCCCCUAGGGAGUUGGAUGUUGCCGAAUGCACCAUCUGCCCUGCGCUGGGAGAGGAGACAAUCAGGCCAGAGCAGGCUCAGGACUCCUUGGACCCUUCUGAGUACUUCCAGGGUGCGCUGAGGGGCACUGAGCCUGCUGCCAGUGCCCCCAGAACAUCAGCACCCGCUUUCCAUGAGGAACCAGCUGGAAGCAAACACUAUGAGCACCCUGUCUCUGGCCACAAAGUGAUGGAGGCUGAGCAUGACAGCCUGCAGCUCUGCCUGUUGGGCCUGGGCCUCCGACUACAGGACCUGGAGCAAAGCCUCAGGCCCUGGUCACUGGCCCAGAGGGGGAUGGCCCAGCUGCAGGCCUUACAGGCAGAGCUACGAGGGGCAGCAGAACGUGUGGAUGCACUGCUAGCGUUCGGUGAGGGGUUGGCACAGCGAAUUGAGCCCAGGGCCUGGGCAUCUCUGGAGCAGAUCCUGAGGGCCCUCAGAGCCCACCGAAAUACCAUCUUCAGACAGCUCUGGCAGCUGCAAGCCCAGCUGGUCAACUAUAGCUUGGUGUUCUCGAAGGCCAACACGUUGGACCAGGACUUGGAGAUCGAAGAGGACUCGGAGGGGCCAGGACCUGGUGGAGUCUGGGGGUCCUGGGCACCCAGUAACCUCCCGUCUCCUGCAGAGUUGGAGUGGGACCCAGCGGCAGAUGUUGGGGACCUUGGGACCUUGGGGCAAAAGACAGCCUGGGCACCAGGGACUCCCUGUGAAUUGUGUGGCCAGGGGGCCCCCCUGGGCAGGAGACAAGGCCUUGAGGACAUGCUUGUGCCAGGGCUCAGCCACCAGGAACACUUAGGAGGUCACUGCUCUCUGCUCCGGAAACCUCAGGACAAGAAGAGGCAAAUGUCUCCAAGUCUCCAGGACAUGAUGCGGGAGGUUGAUGAUGGGGUCCCCACUCCUGCAUUCAGAAGGCCCAGGACCUUCCUCCUUGUCCUCCUCCUCCUCUUCCUUCUCCUGGUGGGUGCCACAUUGCUCCUGCCCAUGUCAGGGAGCCCCUGCUGCUCUCAUGCUAGAUUGGCCAGGACACCCUACCUGCUGCUCAGCUAUGUCAACGGUCCCCCCCCAAUCUGAGUACCCAGC